AUGCAUAUAUCAAAAAAGAUAAACGCAUUCAUGUCAUCUGGAUAUGCUAAACAUUUACAAGGCCAAUGGCACGCUGCUCAUAAACUAUCACUGCCGGGAAUAUUAGGCCGUAUAAUCACAGAAAAUGAUCUGACAAAUAAAAAGCCCUUCUUCAAACCUACCUUUUUAAUUUUUCGCACACCUUCGAAUAAACCCGUAAGUCAUAUUUCCCUGUACCAGGCUUUGAACGUGGUGGCCAUUCCGGAUUCCUAUUAUAUUUUACCUUUCUUAGUUCAGCAACUUUCAUAG